CAUUAGAGAAGUUCAAAUGCAUGUGUUGCAAUUUACACUUAUAAUCUGCGCACUUGCUGGAUGCUGGCAGCCACUUUCAUGGACAUCGUUAUUUAAACAUAUAAUUUAUAAAACUUACGCAACAUUUCUGAUCUCCUCAUUAUACGCAUUUCUUAUGUCCCAAUUUGUGGACAUUAUACUAAAUGUCGGUAACUCUGAUGAAUUUGUCGAUGCCUUAUAUAUGAUGUUGACCAUACUUGUAGCGGGCUAUAAACAAGCUUAUAUGUGGAUAGAUCGUAAUAAUAUUAAAAUGUUAAUAAAUGUUCUUACCGAGAAACCUUUUGCACCAUAUGAAACACACGAAAUAAUAAUUCAACAGAAAUUUGAAACAUUAACAACGAAUAAUACACGGCGGUACUUAAUCAUUGUUAUAAUGUCGAUCUUAUCGAUAAUCUCGACGUCUGUCUCUACAGAUUUACCGAAAAGAAAUCUGACAUAUAAGACAUGGUUGCCAUUUGAUUAUUCAUCCUCUACUGUAUAUUUUCUUGUAUACAUUCAUCAAAUGAUAGCUAUGUCAACCUCGGGUAUAGUUAAUGUCGCUUGUGAGAGUUUAAUUUGUGGAUUUUUGUUACACAUCUGCUGCCAGUUUGAAAUUUUGGAGUAUCGAUUGACAAAACUUUCGUAUAGUCAAAACAUUUUAGACGACUGUGUUAAUCAUCAUAAUCAUAUUUUCAAAUAUGCAUUCACGAUAAACAACACAUUUGCGAAAAUAAUCGCGAUUCAAUUCGCGGUAAGCAUGUUGGUAGUAUGCUCAAAUAUGUAUCGAAUAGCUAUGGCAACAGAUUAUAUGAGCCUUAUUCCAUUGAUAAUGUAUACAAGUGCCAUCUUAAUGCAAAUUUUCAUAUAUUGCUGGUUUGGAAACGAAGUCAAGUUAAAAAGUCUUCAAUUGGUGAAUAACGUUUAUAAUAUGGAGUGGCUAACACUUAGCAAUAGCAAUAAAAAAGCUCUCGUAUUAAUUAUGAAGCGUGCAAUGGUUCCCAUCCAGUUUAGUAGUGCUUAUAUAAUCAUAAUGAAUGUCGACUCAUUUGUCGCUUUACUUAAGAUGUCAUAUUCGAUUUUCAAUUUACUACAUCAAACACAAGAAUAAUAAUGAUCAGUAACAGAGAUUGUUAUUGUUUUUAUUUAAUUUGUUAUCCUACCACGUUUGCUAAAUGUUAUGUA